AAACAGUUGAACGAAGCUAUGGCCAAAACUCCAUCGUUUUUCUCCCCUUUUUUACUCUUCCUUGUCUCCGCCGUGAUCUUCCAACUCUCAGCUGUGACUUCCGCCAUAGGCAUCAACUAUGGAACAAUGGGGAACCUUCCACCGUCGAAACAAGUGGUAAAAUUCAUCAAAACAAAAACCAUUUUCGAUGCUGUCAAGAUUUAUGAUGCGAAUCCCGACAUCCUCCAAGCCCUAGCAGGAAGUGGAAUCAACGUCACCAUUAUGGUCCCUAACGAUCGCAUUCCAGCGAUGGCCCAAGCUGAAAAUGCUCGUCAAUGGAUCGCUGCUAAUGUCUUGCCUUUUCACCAGCAGCUCAAGAUCAAAUACAUUUGUGUUGGCAACGAGAUUCUUAUGACUGAAGACAAUAACUUGAUCUCAAAUCUUGUACCGGCGAUGCAAAGUCUUAACGAUGCUUUGAAAACUUCCGGUCUCACAUAUAUAAAGGUGACAACUCCACAUGCAUUUACUAUAAACUAUAACCAUGAUGCACCAAGCGAAAGCGAAUUCACCGACGAUCAAAAAGAUUUUUUUGCUAAGAUUUUGGAGUUCAAUCGUCAAGCAAAGUCUCCAUUCAUGUUCAGCGCCUACCCUUUUUUCAUGACGGACGAGAGCAAUGUAAACUUCGCAAUAUUUGGUUCGUCACAUACUCUAAUGGAUGCAAACACAAAGCACAUAUACGACAACAUGUUCGAUGCAGUGAUGGAUGCAACUUACUCAGCAAUGAAGUCUCUCGGCUAUGGAGACGUAGAUAUCGCCGUAGGGGAAACCGGUUGGCCUAGUGUUUGCGAGGCCUCAUGGUGCACGCCUCAAAAUGCUGCAAAAUACAAUCUCCACAUCAUCAAGCGUGGGCAGAGCAUAAACACACCUCUUAUGCCCAACCGCCACAUCGACAUCUUCAUAUUCGCAUUGUUCAACGAGGAUGGUAAACCCGGUUUACGUGAGAAAAACUGGGGGCUAUUCAAACCGGAUUUUACUCCUGUUUAUGAUGUUGGGGUCCUAAGAGGAGGCGGUGACACACCAAGCGAAAGUAAGAAGUGGUGUGUGGCGAAAAAAGAAGCGACAAACACACAGCUUCAGGCUAAUAUCGAUUGGACGUGUAGCCAAGCAGAUGUCGACUGUAAGCAAAUCUCACCCGGUGGCAUAUGUUUUGACAACAACAACAUGAAGUCACGAGCUUCCUUCAUCAUGAACGUUUAUUACCAGAGCAAGGGCUUGUCCGAAGAAGCUUGUAAUUUUAGCGGGAGCGGCACCGUCACUACUACAAAUCCAAGCACUCGCUCAUGCGUCAUGCCAAAUGGGUUAGGUGGAUCGUACGUUGGAAGUACUAGCGGUACAAGUACUAGCGAUUCACGUUCAGCAAGAAGGAAAGCGUGUGGGGCGAAAGAAGGCGCGACAGACGCACAGCUACAAGCUAACAUUGAUUAUGUGUGUAGCCAACCUGGUAUCGAUUGUAGGGGUAUCGCACCCGGUGGCAUAUGUUACGACAACAACAACAAGAAGACGCAAGCUUCCUUCAUCAUGAACGUGUAUUACCAAAUGAAGGGCUGCUCCGAGGAAGCUUGUGAUUUCAGCGGUAGUGGCACCGUCACUUCCGUAGACCCAAGCAGGGAUGCAAACAGUCCCGCAUGCCCCGUUACUAUAAAUCCAUAUAAUGACGCAUGCGUCGCACGAAAUGCGUUAAGUGGACCGUACGUGGGAAGGAGUAGUAGUGUAGGUGCAUGGAGCAGAAAGAACUUGGUGACGAAAUGGUGUGUGCCAAAGCCAGAUACGUCAAAGGCACAACUCCAAGAAAAUAUUGAUUUAAUAUGUAAUACGGAUGGUAUGUUUUGCGAGGCGAUCCUCCCUGGCGGGUAUUGUGCUAAUGAAUCGUUGGAGACGCGAGCCGCGUUCGUGAUGAGCGCUUAUUUUGUGAACAGUGGUCUCGAUGCGUCCGCCUGUGAUACGUUCAACGGUAGCGGCAUCGUCUCUACCAUCAACCCAAGCACUAAGUCUUGUUUCAUAUCCGGUGUUCCCGGAUUGGUCUGAGAAAUAAUGUUUCGUUUAAGCCUUUUUUUUCUUCUUUUUGUGUAAUUAUUUCAGAACGAACAAAUUUUUGUGAUUUGUUCAGGAAAUAUACAACACACUGUCAUUUUAAUUUACAAAAUACAAGUAUCUACUACAACUAUUUUACAUACCCAUUAAAAUAAUUAAGUUCACAUUUUAUAACUAUUUUACAAGUAUCUAUAUACCUAUCUAAUGUAUAUGAUUAUUG